CCGAACGAAAGCUACGACAACUUCUCCAAGGCAAGAUAUUGGACCCUUGCGACUAAUUUUCAGAUACGGCUGCACCCCUCUUUUUUUCGCAAGUCGAACUGGUUACCUUUUUUUUUCUCGCCUGCUUAAUUUUAUUGUUCUUCUAAAAAAACAAUUCAAUUUUGCGCGACAAUUACACAUUUAACCUUAGACACGACAAGCACUCACUAUCAACAACCACCAAAGCAAAAUCGUACUCGCGAAGCCAUCAACCCGCUCACAAUGGCAGAUACUUCCGCACCUUCUCAGCUUCCCCCGCCGCCGCAGCCUAACGCUGGCGCGCCUGGUUUCGAUAACCAGAAUGGCAACGCUAAUCCCGCGCACAUGCCGCCGCCUCCUCUCCACAUCCCGCCGAACACCAACCCCAUUCCUACCGCCAUCACCUCUCCAAUGUCGGCCGUUGACAAGAACAAUGUCAUGUCUCCUACCAGUGGUGGCCCCUUUACGCGCCGUGCUGCACCCGAACCGAACAAGCGUGCUCUCUACGUUGGCGGUCUUGAUCCUCGUGUCACUGAAGAUGUGCUGCGCCAGAUUUUCGAAACCACUGGUCAUGUCCAGAACGUGAAGAUAAUCCCCGACAAAAAUCAAAAGGGUUACAAUUACGGGUUCGUCGAAUAUGAUGACCCCGGUGCAGCUGAGCGUGCUAUGCAAACAUUGAAUGGACGACGUGUGCACCAAGCUGAAAUUCGAGUUAACUGGGCCUAUCAAUCUAACACCUCCAACAAGGAAGACACGUCCGGUCACUUCCAUAUAUUCGUUGGCGAUCUAUCCAACGAAGUGAAUGACGAGGUCCUUUUGCAGGCCUUCUCCGCCUUUGGAACCAUCUCGGAAGCUCGUGUCAUGUGGGAUAUGAAAACAGGCCGAUCUCGUGGGUAUGGUUUCGUGGCGUUCCGAGACCGAGCCGAUGCCGAAAAGGCGUUGAGCUCGAUGGACGGGGAGUGGCUAGGGUCUCGUGCAAUUCGAUGCAAUUGGGCCAACCAAAAGGGGCAGCCUUCGAUGGCGCAACAGCAGGCGAUGCAAGCUAUGGGCAUGACGCCUACUACACCCUAUGGUCACCACCAUUUCCCGACCCAUGGGAUCCAGAGCUACGACAUGAUCGUCAACCAAACUCCCGCCUGGCAGACGACUUGCUAUGUUGGCAACCUGACUCCGUACACAAACCAGAACGACGUGGUUCCUCUUUUCCAGAAUUUCGGUUACGUCACUGAGUCACGCUUCCAAGCCGACAGAGGUUUUGCGUUCAUCAAGAUGGACACCCAUGAGAAUGCUGCUAUGGCUAUUUGCCAGUUGAACGGGUACAAUGUUAACGGCAGACCUCUCAAAUGCAGCUGGGGCAAGGACAAGACCCCUACUCCUCAGGGUGGUGGUGCUUUCGAUCCGUCGCAGCAGGCAUUCAGCCCUCAGAGCGCCCAGGCAACUGCGUACCCAGGUACGCCCUCCACUUUCUUCCCACAGUAUGGGGGUCAGUAUGGUGGUCAGCAACAGGCUUACGGCGGUCCUCCGGCACAGUCUCCUGCGGGCUAUGGUGCUCAACCCAUGGGCUACGGCGGACCACCGAGCGCCGGUGGCUACGGUCGUGGCCAGCAGCCACCUAACCAGCCGUGGACACAGCCGCCCCCAACCCAGAGCUUCAACAGUGGAUACCCUGGAUACCAGGGUUAAUGUAUGUAGGGAAUGUCGAUUUUCUUCAGCGGGGCAUCUGAUUGAAAUGGAGGCUCUUCGGAUGUGCACACUGGCAGUAUUUGUCUCCGUUUUGGUUGCUCGUUCGGUAGUCGCACGCACAUAUGAGGGUGGACCUCCCAAUGUGUUCUGAUGGAACUGUACCAUCUGGAAUUUUUCUCUUUAGAUCGAUGCAUUCCAGUUUU